GAAGGCAACACCCCUUCUGUAGUUAGACCCCCACUGCUCCGAGUGAAAACUGAGAUAGUGAGGAGAAAGACCAUGGAGGGAGAAAACUGGAUGUGUUAACGUCAACUACUUCAAAGCGCCUCAAUGUGGCCAUAUCCGGUAUGUGUUGCACGUGCCGGUUAAAACGUCGUAAACCGUAACGUUGACCGACGGUCAAUCGGUUAGCACAACGCGACGAGAGAUAGCCCGCUGCGGCUAACUUAGCCUCUCUGCUAACAAGAAGCGACACACACACAUACACACACGCACACAAAAAGCAGGCUAGUGGGAAAGGGGGGACGGGGCAAAGUGGCGCCGCAGCGUAAAGUUACUCGUAAUGUUGCCUCCCGGGAUUAACUUCAGAUACGGAUGAGAAGCAAAUCGGUGACCGGGGAACGACGAGAGCAACUGCGAGCCAGACGACCACUGCUAUGUCGGGGUUGAUUCGCGGCUCCGGUAGCCCGCCCGAGUCCCGAGGUUGGCCCCACUCGGUGCUGUGGAGGCUCGGGGGCUUCUUGUUCCUCCUGCUGCUGGAGGGGGCCGGCGGCCUCGCCAACCCGAGCAGCUCCUCAACCAGCGUCAACAACCAGCCGAGUGUCAACAUCUACAUGAGUGUGGAGGAGGUGAAGAAGCUUUUGGGCCUAGACGCAGAGCUCUACUAUGUGCGAGACGACGUGGUGAACCACUAUGCUCUCUCCUUUACCCUGCCGGUGCCCAGCGAGACCAACAGCCUCCACUUCUCCUGGCAUUCCAAGACCAAGGUGGACUACCGGCUCAGCUUCCUCAUGGAGAACCCCGCUGCCAUGAACCAGCCAUGGAGCAACAUCUCCACACAGGGGGAGGUGCCCCGUGUUCCCUCAGUCUUCAGAGUGGAUCUCCUCUGUUCCGGCAAGGUGGAUGGAGAGGCUGUGUUAACGGUGCAGCUCAAUCUGACCAUCUAUGCCAACAACUACACAGUGCUGGACUUCAAGAGGAGGAAAAUGUGCUAUAAAAGAAUAGAUGACCAGAAGAGUCCCACUCCCCUCAACAAUAACACUCUCCCACGGCCAGACUAUGGCGUGACAACCCCCACCACCUCCACCCAGGUGUUCUACAUAAGUGUGAGUGUCUGCUGUAUUGUCAUCUUCCUGGUGGCCAUCGUCCUGGCCAUCCUGCACCUGCACAGCAUGAAGAGGGUGGAGAUGGAGGACAGCGUGAGUGACAGCGGCAGCUCGCAGGGCCUGUCUCAGCCGUCCACCCAGACCACACAGUACCUGAGGGCGGACACUCCGAACAACGCCGCCCCCGUCACCAACAAUCACCCUGGUUCUGCACCCAUACUCCAGCUUGCUGCCACCUCCUUCCAAAACCCCGGCGCCCCCCCACAUGAAACCAAAAGUUACCCAUCCCUCCGCAUUGAGAAGAACGACCUGAGGAGCGUCACCCUAAUGGAGGCCAAAGCUAAGGUGAAAGACAUCGCCAUCUCCAGGGAGAGAGUCACAUUACGGGACGUCUUGCACGAAGGCACGUUUGGGCGCAUCUUCCACGGCGUGCUGCUGGACGAAAAGGACCCCAGCAAGGAGAAGGAGGUCUUUGUGAAGACAGUGAAAGAUAAUGCAUCCGAGGUGCAGGUGACAAUGAUGUUGACUGAAAGCUGCAAGCUCCGUGGACUUCAUCAUAGGAACCUGCUGCCCAUAAGCCACGUGUGCACAGAGGACGGAGAGAAGCCCAUGGUGCUGCUGCCUUUCAUGGCUUGGGGGAAUCUCAAGCUGUUCCUGCGGCAAUGCAAGCUUGCUGAGGCCAACAACCCACAGGCGAUCUCUCAGCAAGACUUGGUUUACAUGGCCAUCCAGAUUGCCUGCGGGAUGAGCUACCUGGCUCGUAGGGAGGUCAUUCACAAAGACCUCGCCGCAAGGAACUGCGUCAUUGACGACAACAUGCAGGUGAAGAUAACGGACAACGCCCUUGCCCGAGAUCUAUUCCCCAUGGAUUACCACUGUCUGGGGGACAACGAGAACAGACCAGUCCGCUGGAUGGCCCUGGAAAGCUUGCUCAACAACGACUUCUCCAGUGCGAGUGACGUGUGGGCCUUUGGAGUGUCGCUGUGGGAGCUGAUGACUCUGGGUCAGACCCCCUACGUCGACAUCGACCCCUUCGAGAUGUCGGCCUACCUGAAGGACGGCUACCGGAUAGCACAACCAAUCAACUGCCCAGAUGAACUGUUUGCGGUGAUGGCGUGCUGCUGGGCCCUGGACCCAGAGGAGAGGCCCAAGUUUCAGCAGCUCGUUCAGUGUCUCACGGAGUUCCACGCGGCGUUGGGCGCUUACGUGUGAAAGCAAGCGCCUCCUCCUCCUGGGAGGGAAAGGACGUUGACCCUGAAGGCUGGUGGACACUGACCAUAAGGAGUCCACGUAGGAGAGUGUGCCUUAUCAGACUUCAGUCCUGAUGAUUUUAUUCUGUACAGUUCUUUUUGGAGUUUUUAUAUAGUUGAAUUCCUUUUUUACAGCAUAGCAAAGUAAAAGGAUUCUUUGUUUGAAUAUUGUUUUGUUUGCUUUGAAAGCGUCCACAGAUGAGGCGACUACACUGCUCUUUCCUUACAUUGCUGGACUUGUUUUUAAAGAACAAUCCAAGCCUCCGACAACCUGGUUUUAAUCGCAGUAUUUUCAACCGUUUGGUAAGUUAGUGAGCAGCUGUAGGUCCCGGAGUGCACCGAACCUGAUCCCACGUGGAUCAGACCGCUUGGACAAGAGCAAAGCCACACGUGUUUUUUUUGUUGUUUUUUU